CGUUUUUACUGUGCGAUACUUGAUUUCGAAGGGGGGCGUUUGCACGCGCACACAAUAAGCUUCUGUUGGCGUCACACCGACGGCCCGUGCAGCGCCCGCCUAGGGGAUCCCGCCAAGGAACUUCGACGGCCACAACGGGCACGCCAGGAUCGGUCGCGAAAGAGGAACAAAGGGGAGGAAAUUAUUCGCCGCGUUCGAGAGCGAAAAAAAUGCAGCAGACGUCGUGCUCCUGAGAGGACCUCGAUCGUCGGCGCAGCCUCUCUGUCCUUGGCAAAGGGGCCGUGCGGCCUUAUCAGCGCGAGCACGAGCUGCAGCCACCUUAUCGGGCGAGCCUACGUCGCAGAAAACCCGACCGCUUCUGGGUGGGAUCAUGAGCGGCUCAGAGGGGACCACCAGCGUUACGGUGCGGUGACGGCGGAGUCCCCGCUCCGUCUCUCUCAAAGGGGACCACUAACACGGAUCGUCACUUCCAGACGACGCCUAAUUGUCACGGAUACAGAAUGUCGGACGCGCUCGCAGAGCCAAAGCUGCUUCGCGUUCAUCACAAUGGUUCCACGCCACCUCCACACACAACUGCUUCAGUUAUCAAUUCAGAGAUACAGGAGAAGAACAAGAAGUUUACGGUGUACAAAGUCGUCGUGACUGUUGACGGGCAUUCGUGGUUUGUGCUGAGGAGGUACAAUGACUUCAGCAAGCUUCUGGACAUUAUCAAGAAGCAGUUUCCGGGCUGCCAUCUCAAGCUUCCUGGCAAAAAGCUUUUUGGGAACAACUUCAGCCCCGACUUCAUACGGAGCAGGCGUCAAGGGCUGGACGAGUUCAUCCAGAAGCUCGUCACAGAUGAGAAGCUGAUGCAGAACCAAGACGUCAGGGCCUUUCUCAAUGUUGACAAGAACUUGAGCAUCAAAGAAGUGGCCGAGGAAGAAGAAAACAAUGGGCAGGGUGUGGAGGCUCCCGAACCAGUCGACCUAGGCUCGACAGAAAAACCACAUGUAAAGCCGAGUGAUUUCGAGUUCCUCAAAGUGAUCGGCAAAGGCAGCUUUGGACGAGUGCUGCUGGCGAGGCACAAAGUGGAGAAGCAGUUUUAUGCCAUCAAGGUGCUGCAGAAGAAGAUGAUCCUCAAGCGCAACGAGCGCAACCACAUCAUGUCCGAGCGGAACGUACUCCUGAAAAACCUGGACCACCCAUUUCUCGUGGGGCUCCACUACUCCUUCCAGACGCCCGUGAAGCUGUACUUUGUCUUGGACUACGUCAAUGGCGGAGAGCUUUUCUUUCACCUUCAAAAGGAGAGGACGUUUGCAGAACCCAGAGCUCGCUUUUAUGCUGCUGAAAUUACAAGUGCCCUUUCGUAUUUGCAUUCUCAGGGAAUAGUGUACAGAGAUCUGAAGCCUGAAAACAUCCUGCUUGAUGCACAGGGUCACGUGGUUCUCACUGACUUUGGCCUCUGCAAAGAGGGUAUCAAGGAAAAGGAGACCACGAACACAUUCUGCGGAACACCUGAGUACCUGGCUCCAGAGGUGCUCCGGAAGGAAGCUUACGACCGCACAGUGGACUGGUGGUGUUUGGGAGCCGUGCUGUAUGAAAUGCUUUACGGCCUGCCACCAUUUUACAGCCGAGAUACGGUGGAAAUGUACGACAACAUCCUCCACAAGCAGCUGCGACUGCGCACCAACAUCUCGGCAGCAGCGCGAGACAUCCUUGAAAAGCUUUUGCAGAAGGAGAAGCGGUUGCGCUUGGGUCACACGGACGACGGCAACGAGGUGAAGCGACACGACUUCUUCAACCCGAUCAACUGGCAGGACUUGGAAUCCAAGCGAAUCCCUCCACCCUACAAGCCUAGUCUGUCGGGAAUAAUGGACUUGAAGAACAUCGAUCCGGACUUUGUCAAGGAACCAAUACCUGCUUCCGUCGGCAGGUCUCAAACGCUGAGUGCCAGCGUACAGGAUGCAGACACCGCAUUCAUCGGUUUCUCGUAUGCACCUCCGCUGGACAUCAACGCGUGCUAAGGCGGAGUGACCCGCACGCAAGACUGCCAAGGAAUCAUCGCCUCGACGAAAGAUUCCUCCUGUUGUGCUUUACAGUGCCUUUCCCUUGCGUUCCAUCGCUCUAGCAUUGAUAUUGCUCGUGAAUGUGUUGUGCAUUGCCCAGUGCCCGCAUUUGCUUGACUGCCAUGAGAGACUGCUGCUGUUCUUGCAAUACUUAACGCUGUAGCUGAGAAGCCGCGUGAAAACAGCCGAGAGUUUGGCAGGCAGUGCCAUUGUUUGUCAGUGGUGCUACCUUUUGUGCACUGUCAACAGCGAUGUUAUCAGCAGCUGAUUAUUAUCGAUCCUGCUAGCCCAGAUAGUCCCGAGUGCUUUCCUGGCUUUAAGAGCGGCACAUUUCGGAAGCCCGUGGAAACGUGCUGCGUCUUUCUGCUGCCGAUGCUUUCUUUUUUUAACCGAGUGCGUUAGGUUAGAAAGGCCGUCAAGCUCAUUUCUUACGCCUUUCUUCUACCACAUUGACGUUCAUGUUGUACCCAUGUCCCUGUCAUACUCAAGGCUUCAAGAAACACAAUGUUUCGUCUUCGUUAUUCAAUUAGAGCAACUGAUUGUUCCCAUCUAGAAGGGUUUAGAACAAACAAGGCGCGCAGUUGCUUUGUGCAUUGCGGAAUUUAUGCAGAUUUGAGAAACACGCAAGCUCGUAAUGACGCGAUAUUAUCCAGUGAGAAAAGGCUGUAAUAUUCUUGCCUUUUCCUCCCCUCUCCCUGUUUUACUUUAGUUCAGUCAUACCAGAAUUUUUAGACGAUUCAUUUCGCAUUACAUCUAUCGGAGUACUUCGACGAAGUGUUGAAGUUUCAUUUAUUCCGCAGAAUCUGAUUAGCCAGGAGGUGAAGACCUGCCAUGUUCCACGUUUGGGAACGCUACCUUUGAAGCUGUGAUUACUGCAUCAGUCUUAAGGGCACUCUGCCUGGCGGCCUGUACUUUAAGGACCAACGAAUUUUACUGAACUGACCAAAAUUGUCGGGGACCAACAAAGUCUGCCCUGGCGGCCUGUCUUGUGUACAGCCGUGCUUGGCUAGUGAUUAAUCUCUUUUAGAGCCUUGGCUAGUCUUCCACACACAUCCAGUUUGGUGUUGCAUCAGCCGUUGUUGGUGAAUGCAAACAUGUGAACUUUUCUUAAUUUAAGUAUUUCUUGUGUGUUUGGAGUGAAUCGUUUUACGUUGUGUUCUAGUGGGGGGGUUCGUCCUGACAACCACCUGUAUGUGUGGUGGUAACAUCUGGGCUCACUUAUUUGCCAAGCCUUGGAUGUUUGUCUGAAACAUGUUACCUAAAUUUUGCUGCAGCCUUUGAUGAUACUGUUAAGCUCCAGCAUGACAUUGUGCAUCUGUGGCCAAUUGGAGCAUAAUGCAUGGUUUCAAUACGAUUUCGUAAUCUACCACGGUGAUCUUAUGUACCGAAAGUGAACUAGGGUCCGUGUCAUCUUCGAAGUCGACUGUCUGGAAUGACAAACUUGAGAUAUGAAGGUCUGCAGUUAGCCUUGUUUCAUUAUGAAAUGCAGGUGGGUUCCCCUUUUGGAAGUAAUUCACAGGAGUUCAUAAAGUAGGUUUGUGCUAACAUGUGAAGAAGCUUCAGAGAUGUCUGUACCUGUUUGGCUUGGCAUGGAUUUUUACUCGUUUUCUUUCUUGGUGUACACUUGCAACAGUGCUUGAAGGCGAGUGGGACAAGGCCCAGUCAUUAACUCUCAAAAUGCGCACACCAAUACAGAGAAUGACCACCUGCAGUGCAUGCUAAUUUUAGCCUUUCCAACUUCUCGUGCUUAGUGAAAACGUCUUUCCUUGACUUCACAAAUGGAAAAAUUUUUGCAUGCUAGGCGCUCACCUAUUAGUAACCGUGCAAUGUUCAAUCAACGCAGUCACUUAGCCUUUUAUUUCAAGGUGUCAUUGCUAUGAAUCAAACUAGUGCGCACACAGACCUUGUACCAUUCUUCUCGUUGCCUCAAAUACUGUUUCGAGUUAUCAAGAUAGUGCGCCGUGUGCCUUACAUUCUUAUCAGACGUACAGAAAGAGUGCCAUAUUUGGUUGCAGUGGUGUUUUUGUUGUGCUGUGUGGAUAUACAAACAUUUGUACAGUUCUUUGAUACUGCAGAAGAGAUAUAUUAUGUACACACACUUAUAUAUAGAAGCUGGCAACUUUUCUGUGUACUUUGUUUUUACGCGAUUAAAAGUUUGAAUUUGGCCAGCACGA